AUGCGGCAGUGCUGUCGUUUUUUGUGUGACUCGGGGAGCAUCAAGACGGCGUCCUCGAGCGCCACCAUCGUAUCACUGCGUGAGGCGACACGUCUCGCUAAGCUAGCGGGCUGCUUUGACUCGGCUACUGGGCCGUCGGCGUCUUUGCUGCGUCGCUGCACCGAUCCCACGUUGACGGAGAAUCGCAGUGCCGCCUCCUCUGCCCCUUCCUGGGAUGAAAUUAAACGUCGUCAACAUCAGCUGUUCAAUGAGCGGCACUCCACCGCCCAGAACACCAUCGCUGUCACGGUGUCGUGUGUGAAUGUGGCGCAUAUCUCCGCGUACGUGCACUCAGUGCAGUGCGGGUACCCUGCCUCUCACACUCCAGGACCGUCUGGGGAAGGCGUGCCUGGCAAGCGCACCAUCGCCACUGCAACCUUGACCACUCAAUCCUGCGCCGUGUUGCUCCUGUGGGUGUCGAUGGGGUCGUCUGAGUUGUUGGCCGUGCGGUGUGCGCUGUCUCCUGGGGCUAUGGAAACGUGCUGGCGUGUGACUCCAACCUUAGUGAGCAGUGAAGCCACUAAAGUUGGCGACACGAGCGAGGCUGCCGCGCCGUCUUCAAUGUUGUCGGAGUCGGACAAGCUGCGCUGCGUCAAGGCCUGGGCCGAGGAGCUGGUCCUUCAUCGAUGGGUUGUGGUCAGCGGUCAGCUGCGCAUGGAGGAUGUGUACGACGGCGAUUUGCAAAAGGUCGUGACAGUGCCGGUACUGGAGGUGACGAGGGACAAUUUUAAGGGUAGCGUGCGUGCCCUGCCGCGAGGGUUGUCAUAA